CUUUGUCGUCUGCCGAUGGAGUCGUUCCAUGGCCGCUAGCAAGAAGGGUAGCAGCUGUGAGGUCAGGGAGACCCCCAAACACCCGCGGCAGCUGGCCUGUGGGGAAAGACGACUCCGGCUUAAGAGUGAGAUGGCGCUUCAUGGUUGCUUUAGUCUGAAGUACCCCGGCAACCCCCAACUUGGGGACCUGAUAGAAGUGUUCCGUCCUGGCUACCAGCACUGGGCACUCUACCUGGGUGAUGGUUACGUUAUCAACAUAGCACCUCUAGAGGAUGGCAUUCCUGGGUCGUUUACAAGUACCAAGUCUGUAUUCAGCAGGAAGGCCCUGGUGAAGAUGCAGCUCUUGAAGGAGGUCGUGGGAAAUGACACGUAUAGAAUAAACAAUAAAUACGACGAAACAUACCCCCCUCUUCCUGUGGAAGAAGUCAUGCAACGAUCAGAGUUUGUUAUUGGACAGGAGGUGGCAUACGACGUAUUUGACAACAACUGUGAGCAUUUUGUGACUUUGCUUCGCUAUGGAGAAGGAAUUUCAGAGCAGGCCAAGCGAGCAAUAAGCGCCAUUGGGUUCGUGACAGCAGCUGCCAGUGCUCUCUCAUUGCUGGGCUUGCUUCCAAAAAGUCAAAGGGCAAAACACUUUUAACAGUUUACUGAAGAUAUAUGGCAACUGAAGGAUUUUGUGAGUUGGAAAAAAAAAACAAAGCAAAACAAAACAAAACAACAAACCUGGAAUGAAAUACUUAUUUUCAACAAGUCACUAUUGUUCCAAAUUCCAUUAAUAGAUGGCGGGCUCUUUAAUAAAUUGCUUACUGAUGGUAUCUCAUCGUUGAGGGAAGGAAAUUUUUCUCCCCGCUACAUAGAUUUGCUGCGGCAGCCUGAACAAGAAGCAGUAGCCUUUUGAAUGAGCAAACCAAGGAUCUUAACCAAACCCCGUCACAUUUUAUCUUCUAGUAUAAAUAACACUUUCCUUUUCUCUAAGGGUAGCUAUUUUCUACUUGCUAGAGGGAUGAAGAACCAUUUAUAUGUGAUUUUGAAAGACAUGUGAAGGGUGUCAAAUUGUGAGCUUUGACAUCUAAAUUCAUAUUCCUCUUCAGUCACAAACGAAGCUGGGAGACAGUGUUUGAUGAAGCAGUUUUUGAACUUUGAUUUCCAAGCCAUCUGAGAGUGCGCCCCCAUAUUCCUGCAUUUGUGUAGAUGGGAGUGGGGUGGGAGGAAGAGGUGCUCUUUGCUCUAAUGUUUCAAAUCCAGAGUAACUUCUGUGGAAGGUACUCACCUGUCAAGAGUCCAUGGCAAGCAAGAGUGGGAUGUUACUUCUAAAGAGUUAUAUUGUUCUCUUUGGAUUUUGAAGUAUUUCAAGGGCUUCAUCCUCUUAGCCUUGGCAUUAUAUCAUUGAAUUUGGCUUAAAGUGCUGUAUUUAGAAAAAAAAAAAAUCCCAUGUUGCUUUUUAAGGAU